UACAGAAGGACCACUAUAUUUGAAAGAACUAUGGGUGAUGUAGUGGCUGUUUGUUGGUCAGGCCCCUCCUUUUCACGCUACCUCGGGGUGAAGGUCAUUUUGACCCACCGUUCUGCUGCACACCAAUUAACGAAUUAACGUUAACGUUCUUUCCUAGCAUUUUUCCGGGUCGACUGCAUGUUUUUCAUCAACUGAGAGCACUUCCUGAGCAUCUACUUUGUGCGGAUCAUUGGCCCCGAGACCUCCAUCUCCAGAAAUGUCAGAGGAAGGAGAAGAUAACCUUGUCCACGCACCUGAUGCCCAAGUCAGAGGAAGCGACCAGUGGUGUCUUCAUCCAAGGAUCCUCUUGGAACCGCUGGAGAAAGAGCCCGUUGACCCGAAGAAGCUUGCGAUCCAAAAGCUGAAGGGCCCGUGCAGGUGUUCCGCGGCCAAAGUCAAAGAGCGCGUUUUUAGUUUCCUCCCGGUCCUGCAGUGGCUCCCCAAAUACAAGUUCAAAAAAUACAUCCUGGGAGACGUCAUGUCCGGAUUGAUCGUGGGCAUCUUGCUGGUCCCUCAGUCUAUCGCGUAUUCCCUCCUGGCUGGUCAGGAGCCCAUCUACGGGCUGUACACGUCUUUCUUCGCCAGUAUUAUUUAUUUCCUGCUGGGAACCUCCCGACACAUCUCGGUGGGGAUCUUCGGCGUCUUGUGCCUGAUGAUCGGGCAGGUGGUGGACCGGGAAGUGCACAGAGCCGGUUAUGACGCGGAGCAGGCGGUCCGGGCGGCCGGCCCGGUGAACGGCACCGCCGGGCCUUGGGCCGCGAACCAGACGUCGGGACUCGGCUGCGACCGAAGCUGCUACGCCAUCACCGUCGGAGCCACCGUGACGUUCGUCGCCGGAGUCUACCAGGUCGCCAUGGGCUUCUUUCAGGUGGGCUUCGUGUCCGUCUAUCUCUCCGACGCUUUGCUGAGCGGCUUUGUCACCGGAGCCUCCUUCACCAUCCUUACGUCCCAAGCCAAGUAUCUCCUGGGCCUGAACAUUCCCCGAAGUAACGGCGUCGGCUCGCUCGUCACCACUUGGAUACACAUCUUCCAAAACAUCCACAAGACCAACCUCUGCGACCUCAUCACCAGCAUCCUGUCCCUCCUGGUCCUGGUCCCCACCAAAGAGCUCAACGAGCACUUCAAGGCCAAGCUCAAGGCUCCGAUUCCCAUCGAGCUGGUCGUGAUCGUGGCGGCCACGCUGGCCUCUCAUUUCGGCCAACUGAAAGAGAAGUACGGCUCGAGCGUGGCCGGACACAUCCCCACCGGGUUCCUGCCCCCGAAGGCGCCGGAUUGGAACCUGAUCCCGAACGUGGCCGUGGACGCGAUAGCCAUAGCCGUCAUCGGCUUCGCCAUCACCGUGUCGCUCUCCGAGAUGUUCGCCAAGAAGCACGGUUACACCGUCAAGGCCAAUCAGGAGAUGUACGCUAUCGGUUUCUGCAACAUCGUCCCCGCCUUCUUCCACUGCUUCACCACCAGCGCCGCUCUGGCCAAAACCCUGGUCAAGGAGUCCACGGGCUGCCAGACUCAGGUCUCGGGGGUGGUGACGGCGUUGGUCCUCCUCUUGGUCCUCCUCGUGAUCGCUCCCUUAUUCUAUUCCCUUCAGAAGUGCGUCCUGGGGGUGAUAACCAUCGUCAAUCUCCGGGGGGCCCUGCGGAAGUUCUCGGAUCUCCCCAGGAUGUGGAAGCUGAGCAGAAUCGAUACGGUGAUCUGGUUCGUCACCAUGUUAGCGUCCGCCUUGAUCAGCACCGAGAUCGGCCUCCUGGUCGGGGUGUGUUUCUCCAUGUUCUGCGUCAUCCUCCGCACCCAGAAGCCGGAGGCCUCCUCGCUCGGCUUGGUGGAAGAGUCGGAAACGUACGAGUCCACCGCCGCCUACAAGAACCUCCGGACCCCGCCGGGCAUCAAGAUCUUCCGUUUCGUCGCCCCGCUCUACUACGUAAACAAAGAGAGCUUCAAAUCCGCGCUGUUCAGGACGACGGGGAUCGACCCGGCCUCGGUGACGGCGGAGAGGAAGGCGGCGGCCAAGAGGAGGCUCAGAGAGGACGCGGUGACUUUCAGCGGCAGCCAAGAGAAAGUCUCCGCUCAUCUCGUUCACGAGCCGUUGGCUCACCACACCGUCGUCGUCGACUGCGGCGCCGUGCAGUUUUUAGACACGGCGGGAAUCGCCACCCUCAAGGCCGUCCGCAAAGACUACGAGGAAAUCGGCAUCCAGCUUCUUCUGGCCCAGUGCAAUCCCUCCGUGAGGAACUCCCUGAGCUCGGGCGAGUACUGCAAGCAGGGGGAGGAGGACCUCCUCUUCUAUAGCGUGCACGACGCGGUGUGCUUUGCCCUGGAGUCCCACCCCCAGAGGGGACAGUGUGCUUCCAAUGGGAUGUACGUUCCCGGCGAUUAGACACCGGUGAGGGGCCAGGAAGGCAACAAAUCGAGUUCCUUCUGAAGACACUGGGGUCACUAUUUUGGGGAGGGAAAUGCAGGCCGGCCCAGCAGAUCUCAGCGCUACGUAAGAUGAGAGGGGAAAUGUAAUCCGGGUAUACAGAUUUCUACCAAGGAAGAUAGAAGUCCGUGUGGGAAUACAGGGGUAAAUAGGUAUGUGGGACGACUGGCGUGUUGAGGGGAUUUCAGGUCCGGAUGGACGGACAGCCAGUGCGUGGUCCGGGGAGAGACGGCUGCAUUUUCCACGUUUGAGCUCCAUUUUAUUCCUCGCCAUUUUUCCGGAGCCGACUCUUUGAAUCUCAGCCUCUGAUUGUGCCUUCCCGUUAGUUCCCCGCCCCUUAUCCUGACUAGCCAGCGACCUGUUUAAAUGGGUCUCGGACACUUUGCCCAAGAUGAGCUCUUUUCUAAUCCCCUCUCUUUAGGAUCCAUCGAGCUCCUGUCGGUCCAAGGAAGGGUCCGCUCUCAAGCCACGGAGGGUGUGCCCGUUAGAUGGGCUCCGAAGCAGCGGUUUAUAGCGGGCAACAGUGUUUUAGGACUGCGGUGCUAAGGAAGCGGACUCCGAGCGUCGAUUUUUGUAGGCCAAAAUAUCUGUCCCUGCAAUCCGUCCGUGCCUCUGAAACACACCCAUUUCUUCCACAGUGUGAGUCUUUACUAUGUGUUUUGGCAAAGCAGAAGGUGUUCUUCCCACACCAUGCGUUGGGUAUCGCGCUUAUCAUGUCAGAAGAAUCAUGGCAGCGGCCAAAGUACGCGUAUACUGGAGCAUAAAGGAAAACUGAAUGUCUCGGUACUGUGAUGCUCUUCAAAUGUUUAUUGCUGAAUUAUAUUUUGGGGCCUUCUGUGCCAAAAAGCUAGAGGCCCUUGCUCUUUAAAAAUUAGUUACCCUUUAGAGAAAGCAAAAAUGCACUUGAGUGACAGGAAAUUUAAAGAUUUUGCAGCGCUCCAUCUGGCUUUAGGCAGCGACUGGGAGGUUCUGAAUCGACGGAGAAACGAUGCUUUUUCUGAGACGCUUCUGGACCUGACCUUGUUUUUCCAGUCAGCAGGAUCCUCUGCCCGGUGUACUUUGUCAAUGGGAUUCUCCAACCCCUAGGGGUAGUUUCAAAGCUUUACAGGGGGUGGCAGCCAUUAAGGGGUUCAGCCAUUAUGGGGAUCCACGGGAGCCCGUCCUUCCCUCCGCAGCAGGUAGGCAGGCUGAAGCCGGGACAUGAGAUUUCCUUGUUUAGUGUCCCGGGGCCGUCUGCUGCUGUUCUCUUCUCCAGCAGGAAGAUCCCUUAGCACCGGUGAGUGUUUCUCUGUUUAUAGCGAGUGGAGGGUCGUGUGGGUGUAUCUGCCCAUGGUAGUUUGGGGAGCAAACCGGUGGCGGGGAGAGGGUCUAGAGAUUCUACCGGUGAAAUCUUGAGACCACGGGGAUACAUUUUUUCUAUAACGGUUGGGAAUCGCCAGCCUGGUGGGUAAAAACCGCCUUCGGUCCGAUCACCCUUGCCAUCCGUAAAGAUAAAAAUUCAUUACUUGGAUUGAAUGGAUGAGAGGUCAUGAGUUCGACUCCCGGCCCUGCCACUCGUCAGCUGUGUGACUGUGGGCAAGUCACUUCACUUCUC